AUGGCGGCGAAAACCGGGCUCAUAGUUUUAAGCCCUGGGUCUAAAACGGUCUUCCAGUACAAAGCGAACAUUCCCCAGCUCGGUCAGUUAUGGAUCUUCAAUAUAUUGGUGAAUGGUGGAAAUUGGCUGGUUGCGGAAGGAGUCUUAAAGGCUCCACCAUUUGGCACAACAUGCAAACGACCGAGAGGAGCAUGCACAACUAUUACAGUACAGGUCAGCGAAAACAAGAAUCCACAACGAGUUGAGUCUGAUGUUUUUGGCCAAUUCGCGAAGACAUUGGUGUUUGGUGAUGUUCCACGUUAUUUCACAUGGAACAAAUCCAGUAAAAAAUGGGAGCCACGGAAACAAGGAAAACCACAUCCUUCUAUUACAGGCAUAUUCAAAGCUAAAACAUUGGGGAGACUUUACACGGUACAUCCAAAGCAACGUGAGUGCUUCUAUUUACGUUUGUUAUUGGUGAAUGUUCCCGGACCAACGUCUUUUGAAUUUUUACGAACAGUUAAUGGUCGAGUAUUCAAUACAUACCAGGAUGCAUGUCGUGAACUGCAAUUGCUAGAAGACUAUAACCAUUGGGACUUAACGCUUGCUGAUGCUGCGUUGACAUCAACACCGAAUAACAUUCGUCAGUUGUUUGCAAUUAUUUUGACGACAUGUUAUCCCUCGCAAGCACAAACUUUGUGGGAAAAAUAUAAAAAUUGUAUGACAGAAGACAUCUUGCACCGAAUUAAACAAACAAAUCAAUGCCAAAACAUAGAUUAUACACCAGAGAUGUACAAUGAAGCAUUGGUCUUGAUCGAGGAUUUAUGUGUUCUUAUUUCAAAUUUACCACUUAAUCAUUAUGGUAUGCCAUCACCUAAUCGUCCAGCCACCGACUUAGUCAAUACCGAUUUACAACGAGACAAUCAAUAUGACCAUGGAAGUUUAGCAACAAUUAUCAUGAACAGUGAACCAUUACUGACAGCAGAACAAAAAAUUAUUUAUGAUCGGAUUAUGCUGGCUGUUGCUGCUGAACAAGGCGGUUUUUUUUUCUUGGAUGCACCCGGCGGAACCGGUAAGACAUUUUUAAUAUCGUUGAUUCUUGCCAAAAUACGGUCGCAACAAAAAAUCGCAUUAGCAGUAGCAUCGUCAGGCAUUGCGGCUACUUUACUGGAUGGUGGGCGAACAGCACAUUCAACUUUCAAGCUGCCAUUGGACGUUCAUAAUAAACCAGAUGCAAUGUGUAAAAUCAAAAAGAAUAGUGGAAUAGCAGCAGUGUUGCGGAAGAGUUCUAUAAUAAUUUGGGAUGAGUGCACAAUGGCACACAAAUAUUCACUUGAAGCAUUAAACAGAACUAUGCAAGAUUUAAACAGCAAUAAUAAACUUUUCGGUGGUGCUAUCUUACUUUUGUCUGGUGACUUCCGGCAGACCUUACCGGUUAUACCUCGCUCUACUUUCGCGGAUGAGGUUAAUGCAUGUUUGAAACAAUCAUUCUUAUGGCGAAGUGUUGAAACACUUCGAUUGACCAUAAAUAUGCGAGUACAAUUGCAAAAUGAUCCAUCAGCACAAAUAUUUUCCGAACAACUACUAGAUAUUGGGAACGGUAAAAUAGAACUGCAACCAAAUACGCAAUGCAUUAAACUACCAGACAAUUUUUGCACUGUUGUUCAGGAUAAAAAUGAAUUGAUUCAGAGUAUUCUCCCGGAUAUACAGAAUAAUUAUUUGAAUCAUGAAUGGCUUAGUCAACGGGCGAUUUUGGCAGCCAAAAACGUUGAUGUUGACGAAAUUAACUUCCAGAUACAACAGUUGUUACCAGGUGAUCUGAUGUCUUUUAAAUCAAUCGAUACUGUUGUUGAUGAAAAUGAAAGUAAUAUACCCGUACUGGAGUUGCCAACUAAAAGUCUAGAGUUAAAUCCAAUCAAACAUUUAUUCAGUGUACUAUUGACCCAAGUUUUCAAAAAUGGAGGUCAGAUUGCGACUGUUAAAGACUUGAAAGUCACUCUGGAGGACAAAUUGUGGAAAAUUGAUGACAAUCUCCUAAAAUCAUUAAUUGAUUCAAUGCCAUCUUGA